AUCACACAGAAUUCUGUGAUUACCAUUAAGACAGUAGACAGUAUUUGAUCUCUGAUGGACUGACUGACAACUGAAGUGAAGUGACUGCUUGCAGUUGUUCUUGAUUGUUGUGUUCAUGUCUACUGUUACCUGAUUUCCAACAACAUAGGUAGAUUCUAGUGGCAAUUACUAACGAGGUGAAGAAUCCCUUUGCAGUAUUGUUCACCUGCAAUUAUGAAUUCUCAAAAUCAAUUUUAUCGCUAUGGGCAAAGCAAUUUCGACAGUAGCAGUAGUGGGGGUUUUGACCAAGGGUCAUGGCAACAACCACUACCACCAGCUCAACUUCAACAUUCACAACCACAAGGUGCCAGUGAACCAGUUUAUUAUUCAGGAGCUCCUCAGAAGUAUCAUUCGUAUCAGUCAAAUAGGAGUAACGAGACAGGAGGUGCAUCUAAUGGAGGCAUGGAUUCUUAUGCUCAUACUAUGGCCGGGCAGAGCAACUCUACGUUUCUAUCUAGUGAAGGAAGCCUCAACAAAGACAAAGGAAGUCGAAAUUCCCAAUUCCUACAAUAUCAGCAAAAUCUAACUACUGACACUAAUGUAUCAUCUUUUUCUAAUGCAUCUAGUAAUAUGCAACAAGUGCAGGAUGCUGGUGAGGGAAAUUAUUAUGGCUAUGCAGAUGAUUCGUUCAAUGCAAGUGGAAACUGGAUGGGAACAGAUUCAACAGGAGUCUCAAACACUGGUGGAAACUAUAAUGCUACUUACAGUGAUAUGACAAUGAUGAAUAAUUAUGAUGAGCAAAGUGGAAUGAUGAAUGAUCGAAACUCUGGAAUGGGUAAUGGCAAAAGAAUGGAAAGCAAUUCACAUAUGAGUACCAACCCUGGAAUGAUGGAUGGCAGAAAUAAAGGAAAUUUCAUGAGUGCUGGCAUGGGAAAUGGGGGAAAUAUGAUGUAUGGAAGCAACAACAGUAGUAACAGUAACAAUGCUUACAAUGCUGCCAUAGAUAACUCCGGACUUUGUAACAAUGGAACCGAUGUGUCUCUGGGUGUGAUGGAACCAUUUAGUGGAAACAAGUUUCAGUCUCAAAUGAUGCCACAAACUCAGACAGCUAAAGGUGAGAUGGGACAAUUUCCAAACUGGCAAGACUGCAACAGCCAAAACUACAACAGCAGACCAGUAAAUCAAUUUCAGGAUGGAAAUUUUAACAGUAACACUGGUAACACCUAUGGAAGGCGAGGAAAACGAGGCAGAGGUUUUGGUGCUAGUUCAAAUGGGAAUAGAUUCAAGGGUCCAGAUAUGUUUUAUCAGCCAGCUCGAAACAAUUUUAGUGUUGGUGGAAAUCAACAACUCACCGUGCAAUUGAACGCUACAAACCAUAAUCAGUGGGGUUUCCUGAGAAAAAACUUCAACAAGCGAGAUGAUGACUUAGCCCAGCAUCUUUUUGAGACUCAUGAGAAAUUCUGUCACAGUUGCAAGGAAAGAACUGAAGAAAGAAAGUCUACAAAGAGAAAAAAGAUAUCUGAAGAUGUAUCAGAACAAGAACAAGAAACCACAGAAGAGCCAGAGGAGGAAUUAACAGAGGAGGAGCUUGAAAUGAAGAAGUUGAUGGGGUUUGCUGGUUUCAAAUCUACAAAGGGGGCAAAAGUCAAAGACAACUCAUAUGCAGCUGUCUCAUGUGUAAAGUCUGAUGAUGGUGACCAGGACACUGAGACGAAGAAUGAAAGCUCAACAUUGACUGAUGAGGAAAGGAAAAUGAUUGAGUCUAUAGGUGGAUAUUCAGUGUUCUCAAAAGGAUCAUCAUCAAAUGAGGUCACUUCUCCUACUAGUUCUCUGACCUUUGGAGCCCCUGCAGUCACGAUGACCCCAAGAGAAGGAUCUGGACCCGGCUACUCAGACAAACCUCUAUUUGGCAGGAACAAGUCUCAGCAUAUAUAGUGGUGGGAAUGUGUAUUUGGCAGCUUAAAUCAUGAUCUAUGAGAUAUUAUGUUGUGUAGCCUUAGUUGUCAAAGUCCCAAAGCAGGUGCAAGGAGUAGGAGGGGUUUUGAUGUUUCUUCAACACCUCUCCUGCAAAUGAAGUCAGCAACUUUUGCUUCCUUAUUAUUAUUAACGCCUUAGUGAGUGACUAUCAAUCCAGUUGCUAGCUGACCACCUGCCAGUAUCAUGAUUGCGGCCAAUUUUUUAAAUGUAAGAAAAAGAAUACCUAUAACUGGAAUUGGAGGAAUUUUCAUUUUAACAGACAUCUGCUCUGUAAACAAUCAAAGAAUGUGUAAAUUUUGAUAAAAGAGAUUAUGUGGAGAACAAAGGUUAAAUUUACAGAAAGUUGGACAGGUUUGUCUUGAGAAAUGUUUCAAUGCAGGAAAUUUUCUCGUUGAGAGACGAAUUUACUGUGCAUUUAUCUUUAAAGUAUUACUGAAAAACUCUCCCUCAGCUUUCUAUAGCAAAAAAAAAUAUAAACAACAGGAGUAUUUUUAUAGUUUUAUAUGAAAGCAAAGGCUGGGACCAGUAUGGGUGAUUUCUUUUCUUGAACAAAGACUUCAGAUUUUUAAAGCUCAACCUUCAGCUGUUACAGAUGUACUUUUUGGAAUGCUCAUUGCUUCCAGACUUUUGCGAAGGCUGGGUUUUACUCUUCCUAUCUUUAAUGUUUCAUUAGUACUUUGCAGGGACUCAGCCAUAAAAUUUAAAACUUAAAUCUGUAAGUGUUAUGAUUAUGACUUCAUUGGGGGGGGGUUUUUCCUUCAUUUUAUCUCUGGCCUCUUAAAUUUUCAUUCAGGGAAUUUUGGCAGUCCAAAGUUUGUUCGAGAUUUUUACAAGACAUCAGUGUUGUGUUUGCUUUAUUUUACUCUUGAAGCAAAGGCUAGAUGGUCAUAAGUAUGGAUGGUUUUUGGUCUAUUACAAAUUACGUGAAAUAGAAUUGCAGGAAAGCUGAUCCCAAAGAGUUUUUCAAAAUAAAUGAUUUUAUUCUACGUUACUUCUUAGAAUUGCUUAUGUUAUGAUUUAUUUCAAUGAAAUAUGAAAGAUUUUUAAACCCUAGCUUCUGUUACUUCUAAUUUAUAUUUGUCAUGUAUCAAAAGGUACAGAAAUUACCAUUGACUAACAAGAGACUUAAAUAGUGCAUUUAUUGCACUGUUUUGAUGAUGUAAGCCGUGUUAAGGCUGUGUGUUGGGGGGGGGGGGGGGGUGGAAUAUUGGAUGUUAUCAUACAAAAGUUUUUUAAUUACAAGAAAAACAAAAUGCAUUGUAUUGAAACCAAGAUCUGUGACUUGUGUUAUUUUUUGUUUCCAUACUGGUAAUACAUUAUUUCAUUCAGGUGUAAGUGUGUUUUGUUUUGUUUUCUAUUCUAUGAAUGAUGAUACAGUGUAUGAUGAUUGUUGCAAAUAUUGUCAAGUGAUUGUAAUUCUAGUGGUUAUGGGGGCGAUAGUAAUCUGAAGGCCUGCUUGGUAUGAGCAGGCAAGGACUUUCAUUUUACCAUCAGCUUUUAUGUAUGAGAUGAAGUGGAGGCUAUAAUGGUAUUGAUUCUUUUAACAUGUCAAAAGCUCUGUUUGUUCAUUGUUUAUCUCACAAUUUCGAUAAUUGCUGGUUUGUUUUACUUUGGUGUUGUUCAAAAAUGGUAGCUCUAUCUAAGUCAUUUUCAGUGUUUACCAGGUGUUGUUGUGUCUAAUCAUGUCAUAGGUCCUUGUUGUUUCAUUAGAUUUUAUGCAAAGAUGAAUUUUCUUCUAGUGCAAUAAGUCUCAGAAAAACACUUGAGUAAAGAAAAUAUUGCUCCUGUUUAUUGUCAAAAGAAGAACUGGCACUCCUCAAGACAUUAUUAAGUAUUGGCGGUAAAGUUUGCUGCUUUGGAUAAAAAGGAGUAUCUUAAGUGAGUAAGUUACUGAAUAUGAGAAAGUGUCGCACUUGAUCUACUUGAUGUGGGCUAGUUACUGGAUAUUAUAAGAAAAAUAUCUUUUUACUUCUUUUUUAGGUGAGAUGAGAUUAAUGGUUGUAAUUCAUGUUCUUGCCACGGGGAACUAGUUUUUUAUGCAAAGUGGAUAUUUAAAAUAAUUAUCACUGUGCUCAAAGUUUCGUAGCUUUGAUUAAGCUAAGGUUAGUAUUUUAUAAUCAAAGUGUAGUAUCUUGUGGUGAGAAGUAAGUCCACAUUACCAUAAUUCACAUCCGCCCAUAUAUAUAUAUAUAUAUAUGGAACUUGCUAGGGCUCUAAUAUUAAGAUUUAUUCAAGAACAUGUUAGAAAAAUAAAAGGAAAUGACUGCAUCUGAUUUCA